GGUAUGCUCCAUGGACGGACUGCACAGUACCGUGUAUUGUAAUCAUACAGGAAGAAGCGUACCUUUCCAAAAAUAUCACAAAACGUGAACGCUGACAUUUGUGCCAGGACUGAAUAAACAAGCUGCCAACAUAUUAAAACAUGCACGGCAGGUUGAAAGUCAAAACGACAGAGGAGCAGGCGGAGGAGAAACGGAAGGAGCGCGAGAAGAAAAUGAAAAUCGCCGUAGCGGCGAGAGAUGCGUGUUUCGAAAAGAGGAAGAGAAGUGUUUUGGAUGAAGAAGGCCUUGAACUGACGAAACAGCUUUUAGGAGGGAACCCUGACUUCGCUACCUUGUGGAAUUUCAGAAGAGAAAUCUUCCAGCACUUUGAGAAAGAGAAGUCUCCUGAGGUACUGCAGGUCCUCCUUGAGAAGGAGCUCUCCUUUCUGGAGGCUUGUCUCCGGGUGAACCCCAAGUCCUACGGAACCUGGUACCACAGAGGCUGGGUUCUAGACCACAUGCCCAGUCCAGACUGGGCUCGGGAACUGGAACUCUGCAGCAAGCUCCUGCAGCUGGACGAGAGGAACUUUCACUGCUGGGAUUAUCGUAGGCUCGUUGUUUCUCGCUCUCAGGUCUCCUGCUCUGAGGAGCUCGACUUCACUUUCAAGCUGAUCAGCUCCAACUUUUCCAACUACUCCAGCUGGCACUACCGCAGCACGCUGCUUCCCAGAGUGCACCCCGACACCUGUCAACAAGCCGGCCGCGUGCACGAGGGGGUGCUCUUGACAGAAUACGAGUUAGUUCGAAACGCUUUCUUUACCGACCCCAAUGAUCAGAGCGCCUGGUUUUAUUACCGCUGGCUACUGGGGAGAGCAGAUCGAGAGGAGACAGUGAGCUGCUUGUAUGUGAGCCGGGAGGGACAGAGACUGGUUCUGAGUUUCUCCAGACCCGUCAACGUUUUGUCACCUUCAGCAGAAUUGGUUCUAUUUGUGGACAGUCUUCCUCUAAUGGUCAAAUGGAGAACUGCACACCCUAAGUUGAAACACAGUGCAUUGUGGAUUUGCGACUUGCCCACCGGGACCAUCAAUGAGGCCUGCUCUGAACACAGCUUCAAAAUCCACUGGAGAGACGGGGUGGUGCAGAGAGAGUGUGUUCUGUACAGAGGUCGUUCUGAAAGCUGGUGCCGAGACUCUGCCACAGACCAGCAGCUCUUCAGGUCUGACCUGUCUGUAGAGAAGUCCACAGUGCUGCAGUCAGAGCUUGAUUCCUGCACCCAACUGCAGGAAAUGGAGCCAGAGAAUAAAUGGUGUCUGCUAACCAUCAUUCUCCUCAUGAGGGCGCUAGACCCCCUGGGCUAUGAGAAGGACACUCUGCAGUACUUCAAAACACUCAAGGCUGCAGACCCGAUGCGCUCUGCGUAUUUCGAUGACUUACGCAGUAAGUUUGUCAUCGAGAACUCCAUUCUCAAAAUGGAAUAUGCUGAAACAAGAGUGGUAGACCUGUCCAAAAAGGACGUGACAGCCCUGUAUCACCUCGACCAGCUCCUAUUGGUCACUCACAUGAACCUCUCGUCCAAUCGGCUCCAGUCUCUGACAGCCCAGCUUUCCAUGUUGCAGUGCCUAGAGGUGCUGGAAGCGGAUGACAAUGUGCUGGAAGGUGUAGAGGGGCUGUGUGGUCUGCCCAGACUGGAAGAGGUUUCGCUCAGGAACAACCGCAUUGCAAAGAUAGCUGACCUUCAACCUUUAGCUUCCUGCCCCAAACUCACCAUCCUCAAUCUCCAAGGCAACCCGGUUACCGAGGCAACCGACUUCCAAUCGGAGCUGGCCCUUCUGUUGCCUGGCGUCAAGGAUCUCAUUGCUUGAUUGGCUCCAGAUUCCCCCAGUGCAAAAAUAACAUUAUUAAUAAGGAGGAUUUUCAACUCUAAAUGUCCUAGUGUUUUGCUGCCCCUCAGUCAUUCUGGGGCUUCUAUUGCAAUUACUCCAAUACUGUGUAUUUGUAUUUUGUUGAUCAGUCUGUAGCUUUCACUGCGAGUUCAGGAGCUGCUCUUCAGUUCUAGCUGCACUGCCAUAUACAUGUGUAACACAGGCUAGAUCAGCCAAAGUCUUUAUAGAAGAGCCAGCACCAUCUAGUGAUCUGCCACUGUGGAUCAGGUUUGUUUUAUAUUGGCAAUAUAGCUGUGCACUAAUAUAAGGAUUGAUUGGUUUAACCUACACAUGUUUAUUGCAGAUAACUGGACUUGAAGAGCAGCUCCUGAAAGCAACAGACUUAAUAAAAAAAGGAAAAUGAAAUACAGGGUUUGAGUAAUUGCAGUAUGUUAAGAAUGAUUGCAAACAUCAUGAAAAGGUGAGGGUGACAGUAAAGACAAACUUAGAAGCUUCCUUCACUGUAAAGCAGCUUGCUCCAGCACGAUGGACAGUUUCCAACCCUUCUGACCCACGUUGGUUUGGCUGCGUGAAUGAAGGAGAUGACAGAGGAAACUGCAGGCAUUCUGCACUGUAUGUUAAGUAGGGCUGUGAACUGAUUCUCAUCCUGGUAAUCGCCUUCAAGAAGUAUUUGUCGGCAGUUAUUAAAUUAAUCAAUUUAUUAACCUGUUGAUUUCGAAACAGGAAAGCUGUCUUCCCUCACCUUUACAACUGAGCACCAGUCGGUGGCAGUUAACUUCCACACCAAUGUUAUAAAAGCCGAUUUGGAAGAAUAUUUUCCUCUCAUCCGGGACGCUGACAUUUUUACUGCUGUACCGAGGGUGUAAACUGACAAUGAAUUUUGAAAACACUCAGUGCGGAAGUUCAUUGCCAUCGAUUGGUACUCAGUUGUAAAGCUGAGGGAAGGACAGAUUUUCUUGUUUUGAAAUCAAUGCGUUAAUGAAUGGAUUUAUUUAAUACCUGCUGAUAUUUUUAAAUACUUCUACCCUUGCAACCAUUCUAAACAGCAUUAACUAAACCACAGACAUCCCGGAGUAUUGAUAAAUUACUGUUUUCCUGCUGCUGCUGUUGUUGUAUUAUUAUUAGUAAUAUGAAUAUUGAAUGCAUGUUAUUUUUCUUUGAAAUAUUUAAUAAAAACCAGUCCUUCUGCCAAA